AUGGCACCGGCCCGGAGGAAAGAGGCGGCGUCCUCGGCUCCCCCCGGAUCAACCACCACCCCCCGCACCAAGCAACGGCCGCCGCCUCCCCCCUUCUACCUGCCCCUGAACAUCGCCCUCUACCUCUUCCUCAUCGCCAACGGGCUCGCUGCCUACUACGCCCCGAUUCAGGACUGCGACGAGGUCUUCAACUUCUGGGAACCGACCCAUUACCUCGACCAUGGAUACGGGCUCCAAACCUGGGAAUACUCGCCGGUCUACUCCAUCCGGAGCUGGCUCUAUGUCUCCUCCCACGCGCUGGUCGCGAAGGUCGGCUCGUUCGUACUGGGUGGCAAGUCCGCGGAGUUCUAUGCCGUCCGGUUCUUCCUCGCGACGGUGUGUGCCGCCUGCGAAACCCGGCUGUAUUCCGCCAUCUGUCGCACGCUGAGCCCCCGCAUCGGCCUGCUCUUCCUCAUGAUCGUCAUCUCUAGCUCGGGCAUGUUCCACGCUGCGACCGCCUUCCUUCCGUCUAGCUUCACCAUGUACAUGUCCAUGCUGGGGCUGACCUCGUUCCUGGACUGGCGCGGGGGCCAGAAGACGGCGCAGGGGAUCAUGUGGUUCGGGCUCGGGGCGAUCGUCGGCUGGCCGUUUGCUGGCGCACUGGUGGUUCCUCUGCUGCUCGAGGAGGUGGUCAUUGGUUUCUUCUCGUCGAACAUCGGAGGGCUGGCUGUUAGCAUCCUUGACGGAGCUUUGAGAUGUCUCGCAAUCCUGGCCGCUGAGAUUGCCGUCGACUACGCUUUCCUGCGACGGUUCGCCAUUGUCCCCUGGAACAUCGUUGCCUACAACAUCUUUGGCGGCGAGGGCAGAGGCCCGGAGAUCUACGGGACGGAGCCGUGGACAUUCUACAUCCGCAACCUGCUGCUCAACUUCAACCUCUGGCUCGUCUUCGCCAUGGCUGCGGCACCGCUGCUGGCCCUCCAGGCGCUGUUCCGCUCCGGUGCGAGCACCAGGCAGACGCUGCUGAGGACGGUGACCCUUAUCACCCCGUUCUACAUGUGGCUGGCGAUCUUCACCGCGCAGCCCCACAAGGAGGAGCGGUUCAUGUACCCCGCGUAUCCGUUCCUCGCCCUCAAUGCGGCCAUUGCGUUCCACCUGGUCCUGACCUUCAUCGGCUCCAGCAACCCGAAGGAGCUGGUCGGACGCGUGCCCCCGAAGCUCAAGCUGGCGGCGGUGAUGUCGGUGAUCCUGGUGGCUCUCAGCGCGGGUCUGCUGCGGACGGUGGGCAUGAUCACCGCAUACAAUGCUCCGCUGAAGGUGUUCGAAUCGCUGGAGCAGCCGGGGGUCGCCCAACCCGGCGAUUCGGUGUGCUUUGGCAAGGAGUGGUACCGAUUCCCAUCGUCGUACUUCCUGCCCAGUAACCUGCGGGCCAAGUUCAUCCGCAGCGAGUUCCGCGGGCUGCUCCCCGGCGAGUUCCCCGAGGCCGUAGACUUCCCGGCGCUGUUGGAUGGGACGUCGCAGAUCCCGGCAGGCAUGAACGAUCGCAACGAGGAAGAUCCCAGCAAAUACGUCGACAUCUCGCAAUGCUCCUUCCUGGUGGACUCGGAAUUCCCGAGCCGGGAGACCACGGCGCUGGAGCCGGACUACGUCCACGACGAGACGUGGGAGACGCUGUCGUGCCAUCGCUUCCUGGAUGCGUCCCAAACCGGACUGCUGGGCCGUUUGAUCUGGAGCCCGGAUUUGCCGGGGGUGCCGGAGCCUCUGCGGCGGAAAUGGGGACAGUACUGCCUGCUGAGACGGCACUCCAGCACUACUCCCCAACACAACCUCACUUCCACAGAAAUAAACACUAACCACCUCACAGAAUGGAUCCCCUCCGACUUCAAACGUCCCCCCGCAGCCCCGUACCCGGAUUGGGACGUGCACACGACGAAACCCAUUCCCUAUCGUCCGUUUAGAUAUGGGCCGAAAUACUUUGUCACGAUGGGCCUGAGGAGCAUGAAGUGGGAUGAGUGGAUUGAACUCGACAACCAUUACCUCCGCUUCCACGCCGACAAGGCCCGACGGAUUGAAGAACGAGGGGAGAAGUGCUGUCGCACGGCGCCGGAGGCGAUGGAUGCGGCGAUGGAGUUGCUGGAGGAGUUAACAACCUACCUCCCCCAACGAUACCCGACACUCUUCCGCAAAACCCCCACCGGAAUAACCAACCUCCUCACGCACGAAACCUUCACCCACCCCACCGCAGACCCCAUGACCACCUGCGCGCGUCUCAUCCAAGACGACAUCGCACUCAUGCUCGAGCAACCCACCGGCGAAUACCGGCUGAAAGCAGGCGCAAUCCUCCUGGCCGGCUUCUGGCGCCUCAGCGACAAAUACAACCUCACGCUGUCCGAGAUCCACACCACGGGCGCGGUACCCCAGUACGCAUCGAAACUCGAAAAGGGGAUGCUGAAUUUCUUCCGCCGGCUCAGACCCGAAGACCCCGUCGUCCGCAACAACUACUUCCUGCAGGUGGACGACAAGCUCGCGUGGUCGGAGAGUAUCGGGGCCGAGGACGCCGAGGAGGUGUCGUGGGAUACGGCGAUGAAGGAUCGCGCGGUCGAGCAUCAUUUCUUCCGCUCCGAGAGGCAGUCGCUGAGGCGCUUGCCGAGGACGGGGGCCGUCGUGUUUACCAUUCGGACGUAUUUUGAGCCGGUCACCGCUAUUGCGAGGGAGCCGGGCGUGCCGGGGAGGUUGGCCAGUGCGGUGAGGAGCUGGGGGGAGGAUGUCGCGAGGUAUAAGGGAAGGGAGAAGUAUGGGGGGGUGUUGUUGGAGUUUUUGGAUAGGAUGCAUAGGGAGCAGGUGGAGAGGGGGUCGUUGUCUGUCUCAAGGAUAUCCUUAUAUAAGAUAUAG